UGUCAUUGUCAUUUUAAAACUGCUGUUGAAAUGAUUGGACUUCUGACUUAUUGUUAAAGAUAAAAAGGACAUAGUUCUUGUUUUAUUCGUUUAUAAUUAUUGAAGAAAACACAACUUGUACCGCGAUACUGGAUAAUUUCAUAUACAUGUUAGUCUUUUUGUUUAACACGCAGCACUUGACGUUAAUCGGUCACGUAACUGUAAAUAAUUACACAUUUUAAACGUUGAAUUUACUGUAAUUCGACAUAUUUAGUCAUUGAUAUCUUCAGGUUUUCAUUUUGUCUAUCUUUCCCGGUCUAACAUUCCUUUUAAUAUUUGAUUUAAGUGAUUAAUUAUAUUAAAAAUGUUAAAAACACAAUGGAUACUCACCUGUGUGCCUCUGUAUACAAUUUUGGGUCUAAUCCUCGGCGCAUCAAUAUCAGCCGGUAUAUUCGUGUUCCACGUUGCAGUAGUGCCUUUGAUAUUUAAAUACUCGAAAACAUUCCGAAGAAGCCUUAUUUUUGCUAAUUUUGUACAAUGGCCGCUAAGUAUAGACUUCAACGAUCCGUCCUCCAGCGGUAUAGAUGGGGCGAGAAAUUUUUAUUUGGAAUAUCAAUCCAAAACCAACAGCUGUCCAGUAAGACUUGGUAUUUGGCAUAUAUUACCAAAGACUACGUAUGAACGUAUGAAGGGUAGUUUCGAAGGGGAUGAUGAUGAACAAUUAAAUGAAUUAAUGGAUGAAGAAUUAACGAAUUCUAAAACUCCUGUCAUAUUAUAUUGCCAUGGUAACUCUAAUUCCCGCGCCGCUUGGCACAGGAUACAGUUGUAUAAGUUUUUCCAACAAAUGGAUUUUCAUACGAUCGCAUUUGAUUAUAGAGGUUAUGGAGAUUCUACAAACUUGAAUCCAAGUGAAGGGGGUGUGGUUGAGGACUCCCUUAUUGUUUACGACUGGCUAGUUACUACGUUGGAUAAAAGUGAGGCAAAACCUCCUAUAUACGUAUGGGGACAUUCUUUAGGUAUAAAAUUUAAUAUAUGCUUUUGUUACCACGCGUUCGUAUCUGACGUGCAUCUGUCGCGCGCUACCUCUCUGCCGGUACUCGUUCUGCACGCUAAGGAUGAUGUUAUCGUGCCCUACGUCGUUGGACAUAAGUUAUACAAAAGUAUAUUAGAGUCGCGGCGCGCGGGCGACGCGGCCGUCACUUUACAUGCUUACGACAGCAAACUUAACUUGGGACACAAGUGGAUAUGCACCGCGCCCGACCUGCCGCGAGUUGUGCGAAACUUCGUGGAGACUCACCGAUGAUCGCGGAAGUUUGAAAUACGCUUCAAAUAUGGCUUUUUACAAUAAAACCAUCAACAGAGAAGCGACGCUUUUGACAAAUAUUUAUUUAUUGUAUUUUUUUAAGUUUAAUAAAAUGUUUUUUAAAUAUA